UGCAGUCAGUCAGUUCUACUUUGAGAAUACAUUGUGAAAGAUGGUUUCUGCGCUUUUGAUAUUUUUCACCGUAACUUCAAAUAUUUGUGAUAUGCAGCUGUGCUACGAAAGGGAACGAUAUUCGUAUAUCAGUUACGAAAUUAAUGAGGUCAUUCAACGAAGUUCUUUAAAUAAGCAGUGCGUUAUCAAUUCAACUUUCAUGGAAGUUAUUGCGUUUGAUCAGGAGCAACUGUGCGAUACGCAAAUUGAGGACGAUCAAUGCUAUGCACAACCUGUGGAGGAGACAGCCAAGGAGUGGACAGCUAAGGAGGGGACAGCUAAGAAGGAGACAACCAAGGUGAGGACAGCUAAGGAGGGGACAGGCAAGGAGGGGACAGCCAAGGAGGAAACAGCUAAGGAGGGGACAGGCAAGGAGGGGACAGCCAAGGAGGAAACAGCUAAGGAGGGAACAGCCAAGGAGGGGACAGCCAAGGAGUGGGCAGCCAAGGAGGGGACAGCUAAGGAGGGAACAGCUAAGGAGGGGACAGCUAAGAAAGAGACAGCUAAGGGGGAGACAGCUAAGGAGGAGAAGUUAAGUAAGGAUGACGUCGGACUAGUUUUGAUACUAUUUCUUUUCAUUGUUGCAUUAUGCAGUCGUUAACAGUCGUUCUCGUUAAAGUAAUAGAAACCCUUUGACAGUCGUGCACGAUUUUUUUGAUCUAUACAAUGGAGUUGGAUAUUUGUCUUUAUUAGAAACAAUGGGAAGUAAUAAAGAAAAGUAUACAGCAUUUUGCCUUUUUUGCCAUUUUAUAUGGGAAUACUGAACAAAAUAGAAAUAAUUAGGUUUUAUAUGAAAUAAAAAUAAAUUAAUUUUAUACCGCCACAACAAUAAAAUUCA